AUGUUUAAACAAAAGAAAGAUAUUUUUUUCUUUUCCAAUUUUCUAUACAAAAAUUUCUUUAAAUUACGACAAGAUUCUAAAAGUAUUUUUGAGCAAAGUCGUCCGUAUGAUACAAAAAAGAAUUGUUGGGUUCCUGAUCAAGAGGAAGGCUAUGUUGCAGCUGAGAUCACCUCCACAAAAGGAGAUCAAGUUACUGUAAAAAUAGCAUCUGGGGAAAAAACGGUCAAAAAAGAAUUAAUUCAAGAAAUGAAUCCACCAAAAUUUGAGAAAACUGAAGAUAUGUCGAAUUUAACUUUUUUGAAUGACGCUUCUGUUUUGUAUAAUUUAAGAGCUCGAUAUAAAGCCAUGCUUAUUUAUACAUAUUCUGGCCUCUUCUGUGUUGUCAUUAACCCUUACAAACGUCUACCAAUAUAUACAGAUUCUGUAGCCAGAUUUUACAUGGGAAAGCGUCGAACUGAAAUGCCUCCACAUUUAUUUGCUGUUUCCGACGAAGCAUAUCGAAAUAUGCUUCAAAAUAAAGAAAACCAAUCUAUGUUAAUUACUGGAGAAUCUGGUGCUGGAAAAACUGAAAAUACAAAAAAAGUAAUUGCCUAUUUUGCUUCUGUGGGUGCAAGCCAAGCAGAGGCGGCUAAAGAUAAACCAAAACAAAAAAUGGUUACUUUGGAAGACCAAAUUGUCCAAACAAAUCCUGUACUUGAAGCUUUUGGUAAUGCAAAAACUGUCAGAAAUAAUAAUUCAUCUAGAUUCGGAAAAUUUAUUAGAAUACAUUUUAAUAGAGCUGGAAGAGUUGCUUCUUGUGAUAUUGAACAUUAUCUUCUGGAAAAAUCUCGAGUAAUUCGUCAAGCUCCAGGCGAACGUUGUUAUCAUAUUUUUUACCAAAUUUGUUCUGGUUUCAAGCCUGAUCUAAUGAAAAAAUUAAAAUUAAAUAAGCCAUUAAAGGAAUAUUGGUUUGUUGCUCAGGCUGAAUUAACAAUUGAUGGAAUUGAUGAUAAGGAAGAAUUCAAAUUAACAGAUGAGGCUUUUGAUGUAUUAAAUUUCAGUGAAACAGAGAAAAACGAUUGUUAUAAAAUGAUGGGAGGAAUAAUGCAUAUGGGAAAUAUGAAAUUUAAACAAAGACCUAGAGAAGAACAGGCGGAACCAGAUGAAACGGAAGAGGCAAAUUAUGCUGCGGAAAAUUUUGGUAUCGAUAUGGAGCAACAAUUAACAGCUUUAACUAAACCUCGUGUACGUGUAGGGAGUGAAUGGGUUUCUAAAGGUCAAAAUCUUGAUCAAGUUAAUUGGGCAAUUGGUGCAAUGUCAAAAGCUUUAUAUGCCCGAGUAUUUGAAUGGCUAGUCAAAAAAUGUAAUUUAACAUUAGACCAAAAAGGACUUUCAAGAGAUUCUUUUAUUGGUGUUUUGGAUAUUGCGGGAUUUGAAAUUUUUGAUUUCAAUAGUUUUGAACAGCUUUGGAUUAAUUUUGUUAAUGAAAAAUUACAACAAUUUUUUAAUCAUCAUAUGUUCGUAUUAGAACAAGAAGAGUAUGCACGUGAAGGAAUUGCUUGGACAUUUAUAGAUUUUGGAUUAGAUUUACAAGCAUGUAUUGAAUUAAUUGAAAAACCUAUGGGAAUUAUUUCAAUGUUGGAUGAAGAAUGUAUUGUUCCAAAAGCAUCUGACCUUACUUAUGCACAAAAAUUGGGUGACCAACAUUUAGGCAAACAUCCCAAUUUUGAAAAACCAAAACCACCAAAAGGCAAACAAGGAGAAGCACAUUUUGCAAUGCGUCACUAUGCUGGGACAGUUCGUUAUAAUGUAACAAAUUGGUUAGAAAAGAAUAAAGAUCCAUUGAAUGAUACAUUAGUUUCUGUAAUGAAAAAUGCUAAAGGAAAUCAACUAAUUAUUGAUAUAUGGGCAGAUUAUCAAACACAGGAAGAAGCAGCUGAAGCUAAUAAAAAAGGUGGUGGAGGAAAGAAAAAAGGAAAAUCUGGAUCUUUUAUGACUGUUUCAAUGCUUUACAGAGAAUCUUUGAAUAAUUUAAUGAAUAUGUUACACAAAACACAUCCACAUUUUAUUCGUUGUAUUAUUCCUAAUGAAAAGAAACAAUCUGGAAUGAUUGAUGCUGCUCUUGUUUUAAAUCAGUUGACGUGUAAUGGUGUGCUAGAAGGAAUCCGAAUUUGUCGAAAAGGCUUUCCAAACAGAUUACCUCACAAUGACUUUAAAGUUCGCUACGGAAUUCUAGCUGCUGCAGAGGCGCGUUCCAGUACUGAUCCAAAAGUUUCUAGCGCUAAUAUUCUUGAAAAGCUAGUUAAUGCCAAAAGUCUUGAAGCAGAAAACUUUAAAGUUGGGCACACCAAAGUUUUUUUCAAAGCCGGAGUUUUGGCACAUAUUGAGGAAUUACGUGACAAAUGUAUGAAUGAUUUAAUGUGUAUGUUUCAAAGUGCCUGUAGAGCAUACCUUGCCAAGAUGGGGGCGGCUAGACGUCGAAAACAAUUGGACGCUUAUUCGAUUGUACAACGAAAUAUCCGUUCUUGGUGUGUUUUACGUACAUGGGAAUGGUAUUUAUUAUAUGGAAAAGUUAAACCUUUAUGUAAAGGAGAUAAACAUGCAGAAGAAUUAGAAAAAAUGGAGGCUGAUCUAAAAGCAUCGGAAGAAAUUUUAGCCAAACAAGAAGAACAACGAAAGGCAAUAGAGGCAGAACAUAAUCGUUUGGCAGAAGAACGUCGAAAAUUACAAGAACAAUUGGAAAUAGCUAGAAAAGGAGGAAGUGCUGUAGAAUCAGAAAUGGGGGCUUUGAAUGCACAGAAAACUGAAUUGGAACGUCGUUUGGAGGAUGCAAAAGAUAAACUUAAUGAACAACAACAAAAGUCGGAAGAUAAUCAACGAAGUUUAAAACGAGCAGAAAAAGAUAAGGAAUCACUUAAUGACCAAAUAGAAACAUUAAAUGAAACAUUAAAUAGAGUAGAAGAAGAAAAACGUAAAACAGAAGAAAGAAUUCGUGAAAGACAUGAAGCUAUUGCCCAACAAGAUGAAGCUAUUGCUGCUGCAAAUAAGGAAAGGAAAAAAGCAGAAGAAGAGAAUCGAAGACUUGCAGAAGAAUUACAUUCAGAAUCUGAGAAGGGAGGACAAUCAGUUAGAUCAAAAGCAAAACUUGAACGUUCAAUAGAAGAUAUUGAAGAUACUUUAGAUAGAGAGCGUAGACAUAGAAUAGAACAAGAAAAAAGUAAAAAGAAAGCAGAAUCAGAAUUACAUUUAGUACAGGAACAAUUGGAGGAAUUUAAAAGACAAAAAUCUGAAGCAGAAUCAAAACAACAAAUUGUUGAACAAAAUAUCGUGGAAUUAAAUAUAAAAUUGGAUGAACAAAAUACUUUAGUUAGUAAAUUACAACGUUAUUUGAAAGACCAAUCUACACGACUUGUUGAAUUAGAAGAAGAAUUGGAACAAGAAAGGGUUAAUCGUUCAAGAAGUGAUAAAAAUCGAGGGACAGUUCAAACACAUUUAGAUGAAUUGAGUGAUUUAAUUGAUGAAGAAGCUGGAAAAGCUGCAGCACAGGCAGAAUUAGCUAAGAAAAAGGAUUUGGAAUUAAUCAGAUUAAGACAAGAAUUGGAAGAAAUAAAUCAACAAAGUGAACAACAAUUAUCUUUAAUUAGAAAAAGAAAUAAUGAUGAAAUUAGUGAAGCAACUGAAAGACUUGAAAAUUUACAAAAUGCUAGAGGAAAAACAGAAAAGGAUAAAGAAACGCUUAGAAGACAAAUUGAGGAUAUUCAAUCACAACAACAAGAUGAACAAAGGCAAAGGAAUGAAUAUGAAAGGCAAUCUAAAAAUUUAGAAUCACAAGUACAUGAAUUACAAACAAGAUAUGAAGAGCAACAUAGACUUAUUCAAGAAUUACAAGCAGUUAAACAACGAUUACAAACUGAAAGUUCUGAUCAAGAACAACAAUUAGAGGAAAGCGAAACACAUUUAGGGCAAAUAGGGAAAUUAAAAGCACAAGCAUUAGCUCAAUUGGAAGAAGCUAAAAGAUCAUUAGAAGAAGAACAUCAAGAAAGAAUGGAAGCUAGUGCUCAAUUAAAAGGUUUAGAACACGAAAUUGAACAAAUAAGAGAGGCUAUAGACGAAGAAAUACAUAAUAGAGAAGAAACUUUGAAGCAUUUAAGUAAAGCUAAAGCUGAAACACAGCAAUGGAGAGGAAGAUUUGAAGGGGAAGGAUUAGUUGCUGCUGAUGAAUUGGAAGAGGAAAGACGUAGACGUUUAAAUCAAAAAUUGGAUUUGAGUGAUCAUUUGGGUGAAUUAAAUUCUAAAUUGGCUGCUGUUGAAAAAACUAAUGCAAAAUUGUUGACUGAUGCAGAAGAAGCUAGGGCAGAAGCAGAACGUGCACAAACACAAAUAUUCCAAUGGCAAAAGAAACAAGAAGCACAUGAAUAUGUUAUUAAAGAUUGGCGUAGACAAUGUGAUGAAUUAAGUUUGCAAAUUGAAAGAACACAAGAAGAAUGUAGAAGGAGUGUUUCUGAUGUUUUUGCUUUACAAAGUGCUUCUACUUCUCUUUCUGAUCAGGCAGAUGAAUUACGCAGAGAAAAUAAAACUUUGUCGUUGUCAUUAAGAGAUCUGCAGGAUCAAUUGUCAAAUUGGCAUCGAAAUAUGCACGAUAUUCAAAAAAAGAUAAGACAAUUGGAAUUAGAAAAAGAAACAUUGCAACAUGCUUUAGAAGAAGCUGAAUCUGCACUUGAAUUGGAGGAAGGAAAAGUGCAAAGAUUGCAAACAGAAGUUUCUCAAAUCCGAACUGAAAUUGAUCGGCGUAUUCGUGAGAAGGAAGAAGAUUUUGAGAAUACAAUAAAGAAUCAUCAACGAGCUAUAGAAUCAAUCAGAACUUCAUUAGAAAAUGAACAACGAGCAAAACAACAAUUAAUACAAUCAAAAAAGAAAUUAGAAACUGACAUAAAUGAUUUAGAAUUAGCUUUAGAUAUGGCAAACAAAACAAAUGUUGAAGCACAAAAAAAUAUUAAAAAACAAAUUGCUCAAAUACAAGAAUUGCAAUUACAAGUUGAAGAAGAACAAAGAAAACGUGAGGAACAAAGAGAGAAUUUCUUAAUGAGUGAAAGAAAAUUAAAUAUAAUAGCUAGCGAAAGGGAUGAAUUAUUAAUUAGGAAAGAAGCUAUUGAUAGAGAAAAAUCUCGUAUUGAGGCAGAAGUACAAGAAGAACGUUCACGUAAAGGUGAAUAUCAGGUUGAAAAUGCACAAUUAAAUGCUGUUAAGAGACAAUUAGAUAAUGAUUUACAAAUUGUUAAGACAGAAUUAGACAAAACAUUAAAUGAAUUAAAAAUAGCAGAAGAAGUAUUCAAAAAAGUAAAUGCUGAUUUAACUCGACUUAAUGAAGAAUUAAAAAACGAGCAGCAUCAUCACGAUCAUUUAGAAAGACAAAAAAGAUUAUUAGAUUCUCAAUUAAAAGAAUUACAACUUCGUCUCGAUCAAGCAGAAGCUACAGUCCAACGUGUUGGUCAAAGGACUGUUGAUCAAUUACAACAAUUAAUUAUUGCUAGAAAUAAUGAAUUGGAUAGCGAACAAAAACGUCAUAAAGAAAUUAUUAGACAAUUAAAUAAAUCAGAACGCGAAGUUCGUGAGAAACAAUUUCAAGUUGAGGAACAACGUAAAUGUUGCUCUAAAAUGCAUGAAUUAAUUGAAAAACUUCAAGCAAAAAUUAGAGUUUACAAAAAACAAACAGAAGAGGCUGAAGAAGUAGCAGCAAUGAAUUUACAAAAAUUCCGACAAAUUCAGUCACAAUUAGAUGAAGCAGAGGAAAGAGCAGAUGAAGCAGAAAAUUCUUUGUUGCGUGUUCGUUCAAAAAUAAGAGUUAACGCAACACCAAAUGCUUUAAGUUCAAGUAGAUCUUCUGCUCAUUUACCUAGAGCUGCUAGUUCUGCUUAUAUAUCUUCUAAUAAUUUAGGAAAAUAA